AUGUCAGACCUCAGAGAAGAUGGCGAACUAGAGAGCGAUCACAUGGUUGACUUUUCGCUAAUGAACAACCGACUUCACUCAUUCAAUGGCUCCAGUCUGUCCAAACAGGUGCCCGCAGAGCGACUGGCACGGGCUGGUUUCUACUUUACCGGAGAAGGCGAUCGCGUUCGUUGUUUUAGUUGUAAGAUGACAGUAGAAAACUGGUGCAGAGGCGACACACCUGUAGAAAGGCAUAAGGAGGUUUCCCCAUUGUGCAAGUUUCUCAGAUGCACCCAUUGCACCAAUUUCCAGCACAGUUCACAGCUGACUGGCUCCAGAUACAAUGAGGAAGCCGAGGACAUGGAAUAUCGUUUGAGAACGGGGGAAGUGGUUGACGAAACCACCUACCCAAUGGUUCCUCACAUGAGGAGGGAGGAGGCCAGACGUCAGACAUUUUCCUCUUGGCCGUCCGAUCUUCCUGUGACACCCAGAGAUCUGGCCCAAGCUGGCCUCUACUACUUGGGCCAGGGCGACAGGGUGCAGUGUUUUUGUUGCGGUGGCAUGCUCGGGGGCUGGGAGGCAGGAGACACGGCCUGGGGUGAACAUAGCAAACAUUUUCCCUGUUGCUUCUUCAUCCUUGGCCAUGAUGUGGGAAACAUCCCAUCUGAGGACAGUACAGGAGAGGAGAAUCACCGCAGUCCACCUCAAGUAAAUACUCUCAGCCCUAUGGGGAGUUUGGAAGAAAGGCUGGGCAGCUUUGCGGGGAUCCGGCACCCAAUAGAUCAUGCUCGACUUGCAACGGCUGGCUUCUACAGCACUGGGACAGGAGACAUGGUGAUGUGUUUUCGUUGUGGUGGAGGAUUAAAAAGCUGGCAGCCUGAUGAAGACCCGUGGGAGGAGCAUGCCAGAAGUUACCCUGGAUGCAGCUACUUGCUGGAAGAAAAAGGAGAAGAAUUUAUCAACAGCAUCCAGCUACAAGACCCUCAAAGAGAUAAUGCUAGCCAAAGUAACCAGAAUGGAUUCACAACAUACAGAAACGAUGAGGACCCAUUAGAGACAUUAAGGAAACUGCAGAGGGAAAAACAGUGCAAAGUAUGUAUGGACAAAGAUACUUGCAUCGUCUUCAUCCCGUGUGGUCAUCUGGCCACAUGUGAGGACUGUUCACAGACACUUACUAAGUGCCCAAUUUGUUGUGGGGCCAUUACGCAGAAGGUCAAGACUUACAUUGCUUAA